AUGCCUAAGAACAAAGGAAAGGGUGGAAAAAAUCGCAGAAGAGGAAAGAACGAGAACGACGACGACAAGCGCGAGCUGGUGUUCCGCGAAGACGGGCAGGAGUACGCUCAAGUCAUCAAGAUGCUGGGGAACGGGCGUCUUGAAGCGCAAUGUUUCGACGGUGAGAAGCGGUUAGCACAUAUCAGAGGAAAGAUGAGAAAGAAGGUCUGGAUCAAUCAGGGAGAUAUUGUCCUGCUCUCGCUACGAGACUUCCAGGAUAACAAGGCGGAUGUGAUUGUGAAAUACACUGCCGAUGAAGCCCGUAAUCUCAAGGCAUACGGCGAGCUCCCAGAAAACGCCAAGAUCAACGAGACGGACACCUUCGGCGAGGAGGAAGGCGAGUGCACAUUCGAGUUCGGAGAGGACGGGGAGAUCGACGUCGACGAUAUCUAA